UGUACCGAGAAGGGUUAAUUUCGCGACGAGCGAAGUGGAGCAGCUUAAGACGGAGUCCUCCAUGGAAGUCUUCCGUGGACCUGUCAGGCAGUGUAUUUUAUGUGGAGAUGGGAGAAGCAAGGCACAGGGAGAGGACGAGUAAAGUUGAACCAUCUAAAUGUCACUGUUAUGCCCAGGGGAGAGAUGGUUUCCCUAACACCUUACCAAGAUCUUUAAAUCCAAAUAGUAACCAGACAAAAGUAUGCAAUGGUUUGGCCUGUGAUAUUGCCAGUGAUGGUCUUCCUGCCCACAGGGGAAGUGCCAUGAGUUGUGAAGGCAGCAGGGAGGAAGAUGUAAACAACAGAUACAGAUCUUUACAGAUACAGCACAAUGGCCAUAAUGAUAAAGUAUUGCAGUGCACCUGUAAAUUCAAGUAUACAAAAUCAGGAUUUCACAUCUGGUCAUCAAGGGUCUGUCACAACAGAAACAUGGAUGGGGCAUUAACAGAAGUGUAUAUCAGUAUAAACUCAAAGUUUGCCCACAGUGGCUGCAACAAGAAUUCGUCUCUGUGCGAGAAGUUGUUGGGAAUUGUACCCGGUGUUUUACCAAGAGAUUGUCCAGUUGAUAGUAAAAACAAUCUGAAUGUCUCCCAAAAGAAGGGCACAUGCGAGAAGAAUGAAGGCCCUGUGUGUGUCAAAGGACUGGUGCCUGACAGCUCAGCCUUGAGAUGUAGAAAGAUUAAAGCAGGUCAAGUCCUACUGACAAUCAAUGACUGCAGGGUUUCCUGGAGAACUGUGGAUGCAGUGCUCUCAGAGCUACAGGCCAGCAGAAACUCUAACAAGGUCAAGCUGACUCUGAAAACCCUGCCUGUACAUGAGACAUGUGCUCCUGUCCUAAGGAAAAGAAACUUACUCUCAGGUCAAGUCAUCAGCCAUGCUGUAAAUGGAGACAACUGUAGCCCGUUACCGCCAGGGGGCAGUGUGCUGUACCUCACACUAGAUGAAACAGAGAAGGAGGAAAAUGGGGGAAAGGAAAAUGUUUUGUACCAGUUUCCUAAAACGGGCAGCAAAGUUGAGGCAAUUCGCGGGGCAUUCAUUACAUUGUCUCAUACCUUGAAGGAUUUGACAGACACACCCACAAAAAGCUCCAGCCUGCUGAUUGACUCCAGCCCCUGCCAGGUGUGUUACCAUGUGGAGGGGAGGAACCUUCUGAUAAUGGCUGCCGCAGCGUGCAGGAAGAGCUUGUUUGAAUUGGAAACUAUUCUCUCUGACCUGGUCAGACUUCUCCACGUGCUGUAUGGCACAAUAGACUGUGCAUUCACUGACCCUGGCAAUCAUCCUAGUUUGGACCAUCUUUUUACAAUGGUUUAUCAAUGCUUUCUGGGAGCAGACAGGAGGGAGACAGUUGCCUUCCCUUACUUGUCAUGUCUACCUUCGGCCCAGGCAUUGUUGUUGUCAGAGGAAGUGAAGGGACAGCUGAGCACAGAGCUAAGCAGUUUUGAAGCUGGAGACUUUGCUGAUAAGUCAGAUGAUAAAUGUGGAGUGCGGAGAGCAUACACUAUCCUUGGCUCCUGUGUGUUUUAUAAGGGCCACCUGCUGACCAGCCACCUGCCCACAUCUGAUCUUCUGGACAUCCACCUCUUCCUUGCCUACCAUGGUUUGCUGCACCUGGGUGAUAACUGGCCAGUCAAACAGCUCAUCUUCUGGCAGGAGAUCUUCCCGACGCGCAGGUGCCAGGAUGUCCCUGAGAAGCAUGUCUUUGGGUACUUUGAGCCGGAUGGUCGAUGGUUUUUACUCAUAGUUGGAGUGGAGCAUGGUUUGCUUUGUGUCCUGCUGGAGUCUGGAGGAUGCUGUACAAGAAUGGAAGGUUCCCCAACACCAGACUGUUUCUUCAUUGACCAAGCCAAGGCCACAUUGUUACAGCUUAUGUCAUCCCAACUGAUCAAACACUGUGAACUCAGGCUACAGUCUGGUGUCAUCCCAUCACUGAGUGCUGAUUGGUUUUACAAUGGUAAACAGAAUAACAUGCAGCCCACUGUAAGGUGGUCAGGUGACUUGAUCAAUCAGAUCAGCAACCCUACAGACAGAGAUUACAUUGUGAGAAGUAACAGGCUGGACAAGAAUUCGCCUCUCACUGUACCCCUGGACUCUCCCACAUUUCAACGAUCUGCAUCACUCAAUGGCACUAUCUCUGGGAUUGGAGACAAAGGUCAUCGGCUUGCCAGAUCUUCUGACCUUUCAGGACUGAAGUCCUGCGUGAUCCCCUCAAGUCACAGCUCAAGACUUUCAGUAAGGGGGGAUACUUCCCUGUUCCACUACCUGUACUUUGACAGUGUAGAGGCUGUGUUCAUCGCCUCUCCUCCCCACAUUCAGGGACCUGUACACAGAGAGCUGAUGAAGAAUUUUCACCAGACCUGCCUCAGCAUUAGGAAACUCUUUGGGCUUUCUCAACGUGUUCAGACAUUACUUGAUGAAGACUCAGAGAGGUGUUUUGGAGUGGAUGUAACCUUUGACCUUGUAGAAGAACAUGGUAUUUUAUUUCAGUACAAGCCAGAAUGGCCACAUGCCGCUAAGAAGUCACAGACGUUGACAUACUGGGUUGUAGGGCGAGUAUUUUCAAAGCCAAUGCCCCAGGAGCUGUAUGUUUGUUUUCAUGAAUCCACACCUCAAAACCUGGUUGAGCUGGCUUUCAGACUGAGCUUUGGCCACUCAUUACAAUAGAGAUUAUAUUGUCCGCAAUCUCCAUGACGAGAAGAUCGGCCAGGCUUAUCUCUCCCCUGAACAACUUACUGGUGACCUUAAACCCUAGGAACUGCUUCACCCUGGGCAUUAGUAAACGUAUACCAUUUAUGUGCAAUACUAAACCCAUAUGGUGCCAUUUUGUCCCAAAAAUAUACACAUGCUUGUAAUAUUUUCAUUUGAUUACUGUACACCUUUAUAUUGUUCUACUCGUUCAUGUUUGAAAUUUUGGGCAAAUAUCCUGAAAUUAUCUGCAAGAAUUGUUAGUGCUGACUAGGUAUACUGUUAUGAUUUAUUUAUUUAUUUAUUUGAUUGGUGUUUUACGCCGUACUCAAGAAUAUUUCACUUAUACGACGGGCGGCCAGCAUUAUGGUGGGUGGAAACCGGGCAUAGCCCGGGGGAAACCCACGACCAUCCGCAGAUUGUUGGCAAACCUUCCCACGUACGGCCGGAGAGGAAGCCAGCAUGAGCUGGACUUGAACUCACAGUGACCGCAUUGGUGAGAGACUCCUGGGUCAUUACGCUGUGCUAGCAUGCUAACCAACUGAGCCACGGAGGCCC